AUGCUCGACGCGUCCGUUCGCGAUCCGUCAACAUUUGUCUUUAGAUUUGGCAGAAGGUACGUUUCUUGGUUGCGGCUACUUCCCUCACCAUGCUCAUGUAUCUUCGCAGAGUUUGCCCCGGUAAAUACUUUGCAGAAGUCUGAAGACGCGUUAUUCAUCAACAUCGCAUCAGUUCUGCAUGUCUUCGACAUUACGCCACCACUAGAUGAAGAGGGUCGCACCGUCGUGAUCACGCCAGAGAUGUCGGUCGGAUUCCUCUCCUACCCUGCAGACUACCGGUGCACUAUCAAACCUCGUUCAGCGGAGGCCAGGGGGAUCAUCCUGAGGUACGCUAACAUGAGGGGGGAGGGAGAUGGCACCUCGGAGGGAGCCGUUCAAGUCCAUGACUGCUAA